UUGGUCAUGGCAGGCGAGGCGGCGCAGCGCGGGGCCGAACUGCUGGACUUCGAGCAGUUCCGGGACUCGAGCUCGCCGCGGCUCCCCUACGGCUAUGGGCAGCGCAGCCUACGCGAGUUGCGGGAGCGCGAAUUCAGCCGCCUGGCAGGAACGGUCUACCUUGACCAUGCAGGAGCCACGCUAUUCCCCCAGAGCCAGCUCACAAGCUUCACAAAUGAUGUCCUGAAAAAUGUCUAUGGUAAUCCUCACAGCCAGAACAUCAACAGCAAGCUCACCCAUGACACCAUGGAACAGGUGCGCUACAGGGUCCUGGUGCACUUCCACACCUCCCCAGAUGACUACACUGUGAUUUUCACAUCUGGGAGCACAGCUGCUCUGAAGCUCGUGGCAGAGGCCUUCCCAUGGGUGCCCCAGGGCCCAGAGAGCAGCGGAAGUCGGUUCUGCUACCUCACCGACAGCCACACCUCUGUGGUGGGCAUGAGGGAGAUCACCACGGCCAGGAACGUCACUUCCAUUCCGGUCAGGCCAGAGGACAUGUGGUCAGCAGAAACCCAGGGUGCUGCCACCUGUGACCCUGAUGGCCACCCUCCGCAUCUCUUCUGUUACCCAGCUCAGAGUAACUUUUCCGGAACCAGGUACCCACUUAGCUGGAUAGAAGGGAUCAAGUCCGGGUGGAUGUGCCCAGUGAACGCACCUGGGAAGUGGUUCGUGCUGCUUGACGCAGCCUCCUACGUGAGCACCUCGCCGUUGGAUCUGUCGUUGCACCAGGCCGACUUUGUGCCCAUCUCCUUUUAUAAGAUCUUUGGAUUCCCCACUGGCUUGGGUGCUCUGCUGGUGAAUAAUCGCGUGGCUCCUCUGCUGAGGAAGACCUACUUUGGAGGAGGAACAGCCGCUGCGUACCUUGCAGGAGAAGACUUCUACGUGCCGAGACAGUCGGUGGCUGAGAGGUUUGAAGAUGGCACCAUCUCAUUCCUUGGUGUGAUAGCGCUGAAACAUGGAUUUGACACCCUCGAGCGCCUCACAGGUGGGAUGGAGAAUAUAAAGCAGCACACCUUCACCUUGGCGCAGUACACCUACUCUGCCCUGUCCUCCCUCCGGUACCCCAACGGAGCCCCCGUGGUGCGGAUUUACAGUGAUUCUGAGUUCAGCAGCCCCGAGGUUCAGGGUCCAAUCAUCAAUUUCAAUGUGCUGGAUGACCAGGGGAACAUCAUUGGUUACUCUCAGGUGGAUAAAAUGGCCAGUCUUUACAACAUCCAAGUGCGGACUGGCUGCUUCUGUAACACUGGGGCCUGCCAGAGGUUCCUGGGGAUAAGCAACGAGAUGGUCAAGAAGAAUCUUCAGGCUGGUCAUGUCUGUGGAGACAACAUUGACCUCAUAGAUGGGCAGCCUACAGGGUCUGUGAGGAUUUCAUUUGGAUAUAUGUCUAUGCUUGAGGAUGCCCAGGCCUUCCUCAGGUUCAUCAUAGCAACCCGACUGUGCUCAUCAGAUGGCCAGCCCCUCCCUCAGACCCUCGCUGGGGAGGCCCCAGCCCCAUUAGCAGAGUGCAAGGCUCUGAGCACACUUGCUGUCGUGGAUGGACACAGUCUCUCACCUCAGGAAGACACUUCUGCAGUUUGGGACAACUUUUCCACCACCAUGAAUGCUGUGGGUCUGUGCUCACCUGUGUGUGAGGUCAACGGAAGCCAGCAGACCCCUUCAGAGAAAGCUGAGAGAGUCCUGGCUGGGGGCCUCGGGCCACACAUUGUCACCAACCUCUGCCUCUACCCAGUGAAAUCCUGUGCUGCGUUUGAGGUGACCAGGUGGCCUAUAGGAAACCAAGGGCUGCUGUACGACCGGAGCUGGAUGGUUGUGAAUCACAACGGUAUCUGCUUGAGUCAGAAGCAGGAGCCCCGGCUUUGCCUGAUCCAGCCCUUCAUUGACCUGCAGCAAAGGAUCAUGGUCCUCAAAGCCAAAGGGAUGGAGCCUAUAGAGGUGCCUCUCGAGGAAAACAGUGAACGGGCUCAGAUUUGCCAAAGCAAGGUCUGUGCUGACAGGGUAAAUACUUACGACUGUGGAGAAAAAAUUUCUAGAUGGUUGUCAAAGUUUUUUGGCCGUCAGUGUCGUUUGAUCAAACAAAGUUCAAACUUCCAAAGAAACGCAAAGAAGAAACACGGAAAAGAUCAGUCUCCUGGUACAACAGCCACCCUUUCUCUGGUGAAUGAAGCCCAGUAUCUGCUGCUCAACAGAUCAAGUGUUUCAGAACUUCAGCAGCAAUUAAACUUUAGUGAUGAGAAUGGAAAGGAGAAAUUAUUCCCAAUGAGUGAACUCAUCUCACGUUUCCGUGCCAAUAUUAUUAUCAGUGGGACAAGGGCUUUUGAAGAAGACAAAUGGGAUGAGAUUUCAGUUGGUUCCUUGCGUUUCCAGGUUUCAGGACCUUGUCAUAGGUGCCAGAUGAUUUGCAUCGACCAGCAAACUGGGCAACGAAACCAAGAGGUUUUCCAGAAACUUUCCGAGAGUCGAAAGAGAAAGGUGACCUUUGGAGUGUACUUGAUGCACACAUCUUUGGAUUUAUCUUCUCCAUGUUUCCUGUCUGUAGGAUCUCUGGUGCUCCCUGUGUUGAAAGAGAACGUAGAAUGCCACCAUUUAUCUGCUGCUGACAAACAUCAGGACAUUAUCUCCUAAAAAAUGUUUUGUGCGUGUAUUGAAGUUUCUCUUUUAUAGUUAUUUCUACUAUUAUUUGGAGCCCUGGUGGCAUAGUGGUUAAGAGCUCGGCUGCUAACCAAAAGGUUGGCAGUUCGAAUCCACCAGCCGCUCCUUGGAAACUAUGGAGCAGUUCUCCUCUGUCGUGUAGGUUCGCUAUGAGUCUGAAUCAACUCGACGGCAACGGGCUUGGUUUUUGUUUUCUAUUAUUAUUAAGGCCUGAAGUUUGGUUCAGUAAAACUUGUUUUUUUGAACAAGGACAGUUCUUUUCCUUUUGGAGGUAGAGAAUGGCUCUCACCUGCUUCCUUCAUCCUCUAACUCCUCACUCUCCACGUUUGCACAGGCUGGGCGCAAGAGCAGGUCACAGGGCUUUGUGCUUUCCACAAGCAGAGUCACGUGAAUGCUGGGCUCACACUGAGGGUGCAUAGCCCACAACCAGGAAGGACCCAUAUGCAUUUGAAGUAUGACUGAUUUAGUCAAAUUAAAUUUUAAAUGAAGCGCACUGAGAAUAUGUAACCUAUCUAGGUUCCUAUUUUGUAGUUUUCCCACAUUGGUGUUUUUGGUCUUUAAAAAUACUUUUUAGGCUCUUUUCAACCACCUUCUACUGAGGAAGGUGCUCUUGAAGGUAUGAGAAUGUGCCCCUCUCCUCCCAUGUAUAUGGUGAAGACGGGGCCCACACAGGGGCCCAGAGGGUGAUCCAUGGCCACGUUCCUUGAGGGAAGGUUUGACUCGGGGUAAUUAUGUUUCUAGCAAAAGCACAGGCCAGCAACCCCAUUCCUCUUGGUUUCUAUCCCUGGCCACCAUCCUUUUCCCACUUUGAGUUGACACAGUGAGGAUUGCUCACAAGCCUGAGUUAUACUCAGCAAUAGUGGUGCUUGUGUGAGCAGUUGUCCUCCCCUCCACAACCUGAUGGGAUGGUGUUGGUCCAUCCACCUGACAGCCUCCAAGUCCCAACUGAGAGAACUUCAGAGGUGCAGGAAUCCCGUCUGUACCACCUUUGACCUGCGCUCCUGUACCCUUCAGUUGAGGACAGCUAGCGAUGGAAAGCUCACUUUCUGAUGAAGUUAUCCAUUCCAUUGAGUUGUUGUUAGAAAGUUCCUUGUAUUGAGCUUGUAGCUGCCUCCCUGUGACUACCAGCCAUGGGUCCUUGCCCUGUCCUCUGGAGCAACACAGAACAUGCCCACUCCUGCAUCCACUUUGCCUGUGUCCUUCUAAAGCAUGGCAUCCACAUAUGAACCCCAUGUCCUUGGGCAGGCCGUCAGUACCUUCCACCUCACUUGGGUUGUUUCAUUUGUCCUGUCACUUCUCUGCCCAAAGCUCCUGCCCACCACUGCCCCACAUCAUCUUCCUAAAGCCAAUAUCACCAUAUCUCCCUGCUGCUCCGCUGUUUAGUGCAUUAGGCUCAGGCUUCCCUGGUGAGCUGUUCAAAGCCCUCUGGAUUAGGAGCCAGUCUGUUCCAUUAUCUCAUUCAUAGGACUUAGUGUUGUUCCCAGCACUAUGUGGGAUUUGAAAGAUGAGGCAUGGCUUCUGUUCUCAGGGUUGUUGAGCUGGAACCUUGUGCUUAUGCUCUCAGUCAGUGUGCAGAACUAGUGUUAGAAGUGCACCUCUGACUCUGUGGUUCCUGAGUUCAGUGGAAGUGGAGGUAAAUGAGGUUAAGUGGGGGUUUUGUAUUUUAUUACUUUGAACUGUUUAUUAAAAAUUCAACUUUGUCUAAGAUUCAGCAUUACUGUGUGUGUGUACCUGGGC